UAACGAAUCAUACGUCAAAAAUUCUCGAAGUUCUUCAGUUUUUCUUAUCUGGUAUGAGUGAAGGCUAUGGUAAUGCAAGUGCAAGCUCCAGCUCAAGCCUGAAUAGCAGCUUCCAAGAUACAGAAGAUGGUCAAGCCAUAGCAACCAUCUUAGCAGAAGAGAAGAAUUUACACAACAAUGGUAAGCUUGGAAAAAGGCUUUCUCAUCUGGAUUCCAUUCCGCACACUUCUCGUGUCAAUGGGGAAAUACCUGAUGUGAAUGAUGCGACCUUAGAUCAUGAACGACUUUAUGAAAGGCUGGCUACUUAUGGUUUAGCUGAACUGCAAAUCGAGGGUGAUGGAAAUUGCCAGUUCCGAGCACUAGCAGAUCAGCUGUUCCGCAAUCCAGACUACCACGAACAUAUUAGAAGGCAGAUUGUCAAGCAGCUAAAGCAUUCCAAAAAGUUGUAUGAAAGUUAUGUUCCAAUGAAGUACAAAAGCUACCUGAAGAUGAUGAAAAAAUCCGGGGAAUGGGGAGAUCAUAUCACUCUGCAAGCAGCUGCUGACCGAUUUGGAGCCAAAAUUUGUCUAGUCACCUCUUUUCGUGAUGCUUGCUACAUUGAAAUCAUGCCCAAACAAGCAAGUCCUACUAGAGAAGUUUGGCUGAGCUUCUGGAGUGAAGUGCAUUACAAUUCAUUGUAUGCAAGUGGAGAUGUUCCCACCGGAGCAGCAAGAAGAAAGCAUUGGCUUUUUUAGGAUUAAUUAUGUAUAUGACAA